AUGGCGCCGUCGGCCGAGCUGUGGCUGUACCUGGACGCCGUCACUGGACAGCAGAAGGGCCCUGUGUCUACUCCAGUGCUGAAGAAACUACUGCGCAAGAGUAUUGUGCAAUCACAGCAGCUGGUGUGGACCCAGCGGCUCUCGGAGUGGGCGGCAAUCGCCAGUGUCGAGCCAUUGGCCACCUACUGUCAGGUCUGGUUGGAUACCUGGUACUGCAUGGCCGAAGGAACGACAAGUGAUGAUCAGGAAGCAACACGGACGGGUCCAGUGACGACGCAGCAGCUCGUGCAUCUCUUUGUGGACGGAGAAGUGGACGGUAUGACGCUCGUCUGGAGUCAAAAGCUGGAUGGCUGGAAACCCAUUGGUGAGGUGCCAUCACUGAAAGAGUUUCUACAAGAAGCGAACAGUGAUUUGGAUCGUGAAGCCGAGCUGCAAGAGCAAGCCGAGAAGAUGCCGAUUGAGCACCAAGUCUUUGAAAAAGGGUUGUCUGACGCUCUUGUUGCGGAAGAUGGCAAGCAGUAUGUGUUUGAUGCUGAAUCAAAAACGUUUGUUACACCCGAAGAAAAAAUCGAGGAAGAGUUGGCAUCUUUGCAAGAGACGAUGGUGGACUCGAGUGCCGAUAAACACGAAGAUGGUCAGCCAAGUGUAACAGACGGUAACAAGAAAAAAGACGAACAGAGUACUAGCACUAGCGGGGAUCCAGCUGCGACUCGCAGGGCGAAAAAGAAGAAGAAGAGUGAUAAGUGGAAGAGGAGCAAAAGUAACACGUGGGUGUACGUAAACGGUCUGCCACUGGAUAUCACAGUGCAAGAGGUACACGACCAUUUUGCAAAGUGCGGUGUGAUCCAGGCCGAUGUCAUUACUGGUGACCCACGCAUUAAGCUUUACCAAAAUAAAGAGAGUGGGGGGUUAAACGGUGAUGGAUCAGUAUGCUAUAUGAAAGAGGCAUCGGUAGAACUGGCCGCACAGCUACUCGACAAAUCACAGAUACGACCCGAGUGGCCCAUUGAUGUCGCCCCGGCAGAAUUCAAGCAGAAAGGGGAAGAUUUUGUCAAGCGGAAGAAACCUAAAAUUGACGCACGAGCAAAGAUUAAAAUGUUUGAAAAGGAAAAGGCGCUAUCGUGGAAUGAAGGUGAGGUUAGUGAGCCCGCCGGUCUGCGCAUUGUUGUGAUAAAGCACAUGUUCACCCCGGCUGAGAUUGAAGAUGAAGCAUUUGCAAAAGAAUUGCAAGAAGACAUUCAUGAUGAAUGCUCCAAGAUUGGCGAAGUGUCGAAAAUCACACUCUUUGCCAAGCACGUGGAUGGUGUAGUAGUAGUCAAGUUCGCUUCGAGCGGCAGUGCUGCUCGGUGUAUUGAAGUCAUGAACGGACGGUUUUUUGCAGGACGCAAACUCGAGUGUGGGUUCUGGGAUGGCACAGAUUACACACAUCGUGAAAGCAAGAAUGAGGAGGACAAGCGUGCAGGGAAGUUCCAAGAGUGGCUUGAGGAAGGUUCCUCGUCCUCUGGAAGUGAAGUCGAUGACGACGACAAACGACCGGGUCAAGACGGUCAACCCCCUCACGAAACACAAGCGUUUGCUGGUCGUACACUUCCUCCCCUCGUGGAUGACAGUGACGACAGUGAUGUGGAAAACAGCAAUGAUCCUGAAGAGAUCAAGGACAGCAGCCAUGUGGCGUACGUGAAUAAAGCUACGCCAUCUCUUGAUGAUGGGGAAUAG